UGACCAAUAGAAUAAAGAGAAAGAUAGUUACUUAUAAAAAUUAGAAAUGCAUGAAAAUUAAGCUGUCCACAAAUAUCACUAUUACGACGCCGAGAAAAAGCAACUUUCCAGUUUGAUAUACUAUUUUGUUUUUAAAGCAAAAAUUCCCAAUUCCACGAAACGUCGUCGUUUCAUGUUGUCUUCAACCUCACCCACACUUUCUUCGGUCUCAUCCUUUUAUAAAAUCCCCAUUUCCUCUAACGAUUUUUCGCCUCUCUCUCUCUCUCUCUCUCUCUCUCUCUUUCUUCUAUCUUCUCCGUCAUCGUUCUCUCUCUCUCCUCUCCCGGAGAUUUUUACUCAGGCGUUCUUCUGUGGAUCAGAGGUGAAAAAGAUGAAUCAUUGCAACCUUCAGCAGAACGCCUUCAUGUCUCGUGAGGAGAUGAUGGGAUUUGACCGUAAGGAUCUUGUUGUUUGUCCUAAGCCUCGACGUGUUGGUUUACUCGCCAACAACGUUAUUCGUCCUCUUAGAUUACAUAUGAGUCAAGCUGCAGCCGACUUGUGUGAUUCUAAAGCUGGUGCUGAGCUUUUGGAAAUCAUUCGUAGAAAGGAGGAUAAUGGAACAAUAGGGCAGUUACUAUCAUCAUCCCCACCGUAUUUUCCCGGUUCACCACCGAGUAGAGCGGCGAACCCAUUAGCCCAAGAUGCUCGUUUUCGAGAUGAGAAACUCAAUCCAAUCUCACCAAACUCUCCUUUCCUUCAGCCAUAUUCGGCAACCGGGUUUCCAUCUCCAUCUUCUUCCUCAUCAUCGUCGUCUUCCCGUGGUUGUGUUAGAAUGAAAUUUGGACUCAACUCGCCUGCAGUUAGAGUAGAAGGAUUUGAUUGCUUGAACCGUGACCGUCAAAACUCGAGCAUCCCUGCCAUGGCUUAGUAGACAAACAACAAAAAAACAAGUGUACAUAGAGAUUCCGGAAUCGUUCGUUCGCCAAUGCCUAACAGAGGAGGAUUUGAUUACUACUGCUGCAACUAUUACUACUACCAUUUUUGAAAGUAAAUGAAUAUGUUUUUGUUUUUCAUCUUCUCCUAAGAGAGAGAGAGAGGGAAGAGGAAGGAGGAAGAUGAAGAUCAGUUACCGUCGCCGGUCACCGUUUAACUGUUUUAUUCAGGUUAGUGUUUGUAUAUAAAGAUGCAGUAUUUAAAAGAAGAGUCGAAUCUAUGUAUUCGUUUGGUGUUUUUCUGGGUCGGGCGGAUCUUUAGUACUGUUUCAUAUAUAACUAAGAGGGAAGAUUAGAAGAUGAAGAAGCUGUAAAAUUUUCUUGGGAAGAAAACUCUGGUUUCUAUCUUCUCGUUGUAAUAUAGAUAAUCAACUUGGAUUUAUCUUCUUUCAGAUUCACCAUUGUAUAUAGUAAUGUUUAUUUUUCUUGGUGAUUUCUAAGUUCUCUCUCACCUUUGUAUAUCAAUGCUUCUUAACUAAAGUCAAUCAUAUAUGAUGUCUUACAAGAAAACUGGCAAAACUUUAAACUUUGUUAACCACUCGAACAUACAAAGUGAUGGUGAAUAUAUGUUGUUGGGUACAAAAA